ACUUUACCGGGGAAGAAGAAGAAGGUAGCAGGUGCCUGAGGUGCCUGCUUCUUAUCUGUUGCUAGCUGUCCUCUGGGUGAAAUUACAGGAUGGCACAGUGGGGGGCCAUAUUCUCAAUAAUCGCUGCUCUGGGAGGAGCAGCGCUCUUAGCCUCCGUGCACAAGAUUGAUGAGGGACACACUGGAGUUUACUACAGGGGGGGAGCUCUCCUAACCACCACCAGCAACCCUGGUUUCCAUUUAAUGCUCCCAUUCAUCACCACCUACAAGUCUGUUCAGACGACGCUGCAGACAGAUGAGGUGAAGAAUGUACCAUGCGGCACAAGUGGAGGAGUGAUGAUUUACUUCGACCGCAUAGAAGUGGUGAACUACCUCGUUCCAUCAGCAGUGUACGACAUUGUAAGGAACUUCACAGCAGACUACGACAAAGCGUUGAUAUUCAACAAGGUUCACCACGAGCUCAACCAGUUCUGCAGUGUUCACUCACUGCAGGAGGUCUACAUCGGCUUGUUUGACCAAAUAGAUGAAAACCUGAAGUUAACGCUACAAGAGGAUCUAACAUCCAUGGCACCUGGACUUAUCAUACAGGCGGUCCGUGUCACAAAACCCAACAUCCCAGAGAGCAUUCGCAGAAACUACGAGCUCAUGGAGAGCGAGAAGACAAAGCUGCUGAUCUCUCAACAGACACAGAAGGUUGUGGAGAAGGAAGCAGAAACUGAAAGGAUCAAAGCUGUGAUCGAGGCUGAGAAAGUGGCACAAGUGGCAGAGAUCAAGUAUGGACAGAAAGUCAUGGAGAAGGAAACAGAAAAAAAGAUCUCUGAAAUCGAAGAUGCUGCCUUCCUGGCCCGGCAGAAAGCCAAGGCAGAUGCAGAGUUCUAUACAGCACAGAGAGCUGCAGAGGCCAACAAGGUGAAGUUAACACCAGAGUACCUGCAGCUAAUGAAGUACAAGGCAAUCGCAGCCAACAGUAAAAUCUACUUUGGAAACGACAUACCCCAGAUGUUUGUGGACUCUGGCUCUGCAGGGAGCUCUAUCAAGGCCUCCGCAGCCAUGGACAUUGUUGCUGAGCAGAUCCUGGACCUUGAUUAGCAAGGGAAGUAGUGGGACCCACAGACCACCCAGAGGUGGAGGACUGUCUGCUGGAGGGCAGGAGCCUGGCCCAAUGGCUGGCUGGCAACUUCUCCCUCUGACCCGGAGAAGCUCUUCUGACCAGGGCCCAUAUUUCUCAAACAGCUCAGAAUCUCUGUUAGAAAUCACAUUGAAAGUUUGACUACAGGCCUAUUCGCACAGGACAAGUAUUACCAGGGGACCUCAGGUGAUUUAGAAAUUCCUCCAGGUCUGUGAUUCAUAAGCAAAGUUUGUGUUUGACAGAGUUUUACAGACAUUAUUCCCUGGAUCUGUUCCACAAUCAUUUGUAACUCUACACUCUACCACUCUACACAACAUAGAAACUUUUUUUUUUUUUUUUGUGAGGGUAGAACACAUUGUCACAUGUCAUCUAUUUCUGCUAAUGAGUCUCCUGCACCUGGUGUGCUGUCAUGACUUUAAUUAAUAAUCAUCAGCGCAGGCUACAUAAUUCUUAGCAGGGAAAAAAGCAGGAAAAAGUUGUGGAGAAGACUAAAAACCUAAAUACAACCCCAAAUCACAGAGAUUCAAUUUACACAAGAUUAGUAUGAUCACAUGACCGUCUGUCUUUGGUGGAAUAUGGAAGAUAAUUUGGUCGUGAAUUUUUACUGGAAGGGACAGGGAAUUAAGAUCACAGACGACCUCCGCAUUUAUUACAAAUUACUAGAGGUCCCCAGGUAGUACCAGCAAGCAAGCAAAACUUUAUUUAUAUAGCACAUUACACUCCAGGCGGAAGCACAAUGUGCUCCACAAAGUAUGAGGUACAAGUUGCAGGCACAAAACAAAGCAUUCAACUGACCAUAAAAGCGAAUCAAAUCCAUAAAAUAAGAACUCAAAAAAAUAAUUAAGAUGAAUAAAUUAUUAAAAGAAAUGCAAGUCAGAACUGGCAAAAAUGAUUAAUAUGAAAUAAAAUAGUAAUACUUAAUACUAAAAGUACACCCUUAAAAGAGGAUAAUACAUAUGAAUUAAAAUGAAUAAAAGAACUAACAAUAGAAUAAGAUUAAAUAAGAUGAAAAAAAGUAUUAUACAUGAGCAAAAAUAAAAAUAAAUAAAUAAAUAAGACCAAAUAAUAGUAAAACCAUGAAGAGGAAGUGCAUUACAGUAGUCCAGCCGACUAGAAAUAAAAGAGCCAAGUAGAAAUACUAGUCCCUUGCAAAUUUGCAUCAGAGCUUCUACUGUGUUCUGGUAUAGAAUGAGAUCAUCUAGACUCAGAAAAUGGGCUGGAAUUAAAACAAGAUAAAAUAGCAUAAUUGGUGUGUGUGUGUGUGUGUGUGUGUGUGUGUGUGUGUGUAUAAUUAGCUCCUUUGAAACUGCCAAGUAGCCCAAACAAUCAUUUAAAGAAAUUUGUCCUGCUGCUGUGCGCCAAAUGUGACCAGUCCAUUUAGCCACAACAUGAGGGAUCACUAAUGCAUUACUACGUUUGGGUUUAUACUGUUAUCCCUUUACUUUCAUGUGUCCUCAUUCAGCGUUUGAAGCAGUGAUAAUUGUUCCGUAGCAGGAAAUUUACUGGUAAUACAUCUUAAUUUAGCAUUACCAGUAAUUGAUUUUGAUUUUAUAAAAGGUCAUAGAGCUCACUCCAAACUUUGAAAAUGAAGAAGUUCACUCUCUCUGCAGCCCAGUGCACAGCACUGAGGGACGAACGCUGUUGAAUGGAGAGAUUAGUAUACGGCCAUUUGAAACUGCUUGAUGUUUUGUGAAUGAAGCAGUUCCAUGCCUGGAAAAAGAGAAUCAGUGGAAAGAGCUUUAAUCCCGUACCCAACAUAUUUUACAUUCCCAACAUGUCCAGGGCAGUAAAGCUCUUUAGUUCUGCUAAAUCUUAGUGGAUAUGGAGUGACUUGACAAGAUGAAGAGAGUUAUUAAAAUGUAGAUGC